AGGGUCGAUGAGCAGGAGGAUGGGUGUGAAACCAGCACUGCCGAAGUGGGUCUGAGAUGCAUGAAGGGGAGCACAGGUAGGACACAGGGACAGGCCUGAGUAGCGAUCCUGUGACAUCCCUGGCCCUACCAGAUGCUCUGGACCUCAGUUUCCCCUCCCCUGCCCCUCUGGCCAGGGUUCAAGGAUGCAGUCCGCUUCACUGAACCCAUCUGUCUGAGACUUGCUCACAUCUUCCUCUUUUGUGACUGGAAGUCACAGGGCAGAGCACUAAGCUGGGCAGUCAUAGAGUGAACCCAGAGCUUACGAGUGUGAAGGGUCAGAGGGGAGAGUGGUAAGGGAGGCUUGGGGCCAGUGGGAGAGGGGGGAGACGGGUGGGGGCAGAGGAGCUCAGGACCAUGGCUGAGGCCAUCACCUAUGCAGACCUGCGGUUUGUGAAGGCUCCCCUGAAGAAGGGCAUCGCCAGGCGGUUAGGACAGGACCCAGAGGCUGACGAGGAUGGGGAACUCACCUAUGAGAACGUACAGGUGCCCCCAGUCCCAGGGGGCUCGAGCUCGGCUUCUUCUGGAGUAGGGGACAAAGCAGGGGUCCAGUCGGAGCCGCCGCCCGCCGCCCGGAGCUCCGCGACGCCGCCGGCGGCCGGGCGCCCCCUCCGCGGUAGUACCCCUCAAUCCUUACCGGUAGCCAUCGCCAGCCCUUAUUCCGGAACGCCUUCCUCCGCUGAGUGCGGAAACCCACUCCCGACACAAACCGCCACGCCUGCACCAGGCCGUGCAGCCUUCAGGCAGUACCUCGUGCUUGGCGCGCUCCUCACCUGCCUGCUGCUGGGGGCGGCCUCCAUCUGCCUGGGAGUGCGCUAUCUGCAGGUGUCUCAGCAGCUCCAGCAGACCAACAGCGUUCUGGAAGCCACUAACAGCAGCCUGAGGCAGCAGCUCAGCCAAAAGAUAACCCAGCUGGGGCAGAGGGAGGUGGACUUGCAGGGGUCCAGUAGUAAGCUGGCCCAGACUCAGGAAGCACUGCAGAUGGAACAGAAGGUUUGCCAGGCUACCAGAGAGCAGUUGCAGGCCUGCCAGUCCAACAGGGAGGAGACAGAAGAGAACUUGCGAAGGGAGGAGGGGCAGAGGAGGAACCUGGAGCAGAGGCUGAGCGGCGUGCAGGACACACUGAAGCCCUUCUUCACAUGCCCCUCAGCAGACACCUGCUGUCCCGUGGGAUGGAUACAGAACGAAAGGAGUUGCUUUUAUGUCUCAGUUACUCGGAGAAGUUGGGAGGAGAGCCAAAAACAUUGUAAAUCUCUGUCCUCUGACCUGGCCACAUUCAGUGACACAUCUCGUCUUUAUAGCAAUUAUGCCAGCAGAUUAAAUAAGGUGUUGGUACAAGUUGGUCAGCUUGAUUCAUAUUGGAUUGGCCUCAGCUUUAACAAGCACUGGCAGUGGACUGAUGGCACAAGAGUCUUUGGGUUUGAGUAUAACAGGUAUUAUCCUGAAAACCCAAGAUGUGCCAAGGUACAAAGCAGUUGGCCAAAACUGCAGCCGGAGAAGUGUUCAUCUUCUCUUCCCUGCAUCUGUGAGAUGAAAGCUUUCAGGUAUCCAGAUGGGGACCACUAUUUGCACUGAGCUGGAUACUCAAGCCAACAAGAGCCCAUGCCCCUCAUCCUAACCCACAGCCUGCACAUCCUGAGAUCAUUUCCCUCCAGCAUUCCCUCAUUCUCCUGGUCGGUGCCCGGCCAGGGGCUGAUCCAUGCCCAACACUUCCAGGCAGCCUGCUGCCUGCUUGAAAUCCUGUCCCACAAACUGAAUUGUUCCUUGGGAAAGGGUGAAGGAGCCUCUAGAAGAGAUUUUGCCCUCCCCCAAAAGCUCCCAUAGUGGAAUAUGGGGAGGGGGAGGAGGGCGCACCGGCUGAGUGGAUAGGGGCAGCCCGGAGCCAGCCAGGCAGUUUUAUUGAAAUAUUUUUAAAUAAUUUGCA